AUUUAUUUAACGCCCUGAGGCAAGGAAAUUUUGAAGAUUACGCUUAAAGCGUCCAUACUUCAGAUUUACUUAAGAACUUCAUGAGAGCAUACUGGAUUUACAAAUCAUAAAGUUUGGGAUAUAGUGUUUGCUCUUUUAAAAAAGUAUUUCGUGAAUAAAAAGAGGAACUCUUGACGUACGAGAUUGAAAAACCUUAAACGAAAAUAAUUUUAAUAUAAAAUUGAGAUUAAAUUGUCUGAUAAAGAAUGGGUCACGCAUUCUUACGCAAACUAACUACAACUUUGGGUGUUUUAGCGUGCCUUCUACAAAUAGCAUCAAUAGCAGCGCCAGGCUGGAUUAUUUAUAUCAAAGGAAACAUAGAGGAGCACCAGAGUUUGUUCUAUAAAAGAACAUGUAAAACAAUUCUAGAUGAAAGUAAAUGCAAAGUGGAAACGUUUAACGAUUGCUACAUUAGAAGAAGAGAGCGACUUUUAAAUGCCAAGGUCGCACGUGAGACAUUAUUAUCACUUGAUUACGAUUACAAUUCACUGAUAUGUCAACAAGUUUUGAUGAUGGUUGCCGUGUGUUUGUCAACAGUGAUGGCCAUUUCCCAGAUAAUUCAGCGAAUAAACAAAGAUAAAGCCUACCAACGAUUAAUUUUCCUUUCCGCAGCAACGGCUGCUACUUCCGCGGGAAUAGUUAUUGCAGUUGUCAGCAACAAGAUAGUAUACAUCUACUACCAGAUAGAACUCUAUAACAUGGAUGAUCAUAGAAAUCAUACUUACGUCGGCUUUCCAUUCUGUCUCGGUAUGCUUGUAGGAUCUGUUCUACUUCACUUCUUCUGUCUAGCCGCCAUUGCUCCUCAACUUCGAACGACUAAGGUCAAGGUUAGAGUUAGGAAAACUAUGGAAAUGGAUGACAGCAAUGGUAUCGACGCAACGUACGUACCACCAAUGACAAAAGUAAGCGAAGUAUCUAAACCUACACCAGUAAAAGCCACUUUUGAACCAGUUAAAACCACCGUGGAGCCUGUUAUAACGACCAUUGAACCAAAGAAACCCGCAAUGGCUGGGUACGAUAACCAGGUAUUUUCGGAAAAGCUGUAAUUUGUAUACCUAAAUCGUCAAGAAACUAUGCACAACUGUUGAUUAAAUUUGACAUUUUUAAAGUUACAUAUAUUAAUGUUGGUUUGAAAGUUACUCAAUGACAUGCAUCUCACUUUGAGAUAUUAUCUUUUGUUUCGCAACACUUUUAGGAAGGUUUUACUAAGGGAGAUAAUCCAUACUAAUCAAGAUUCAUCAGUUUUACAUAUGAUAUAUUUCUGCUGAGAACUUAUUGAUUAGUUACAAAAAGGUUCGUAUGCCACAUUGUUUAUAAUGUUUAUGUCGUCACGGAAGAUCUUUUAUAUAUAAAACGAAUUUUAGUGUAGAAAAGAAGUUUUUUUAAUGCUGUUAAUUUUGCCUUGUCUGACUAGUUGCUGAAAAACGUGUUUAAAUAAAAAUAUAUGUUUACAGAAAACAGUAUUGUAUGAUUUAAAGUCUCGUGACAACACUCAUAUUUCAAAAAUAGCAUUGAUGCAUGAGACUUUUGUUAAAAUUUCGUUAUGAUUUCAAAAUGUAGUAAAAUUGUAAAUUAUGGUCUUCAUUUUAUAAACAGACUUAUGUUGGAUACGUAUACAAUGUGGUUGCGUAAAAUGGUAUAACAUGGGGUAAUAAUCAAUACAAAUUGUUAAGAAACUUUUUUAAAGAAAUAAGUAACUAUUUAGUAAGGUAGUAUACAGAAUUUCAAGCGCUGUUGUAGAAUGUUCAAUGUCUGGACACCUAAAAGAACGUGAAAGACCGUGAACUUUAAAAUGUGUUGUAGGCUUGCAUAAAUUUUGCCUUGUGAUGACCUGUUCAUUGACAAUAGUGGUAAAUAAAUGUUACAAGCCCCAGCACCGACUUGACCACUAUUCAACAUUUAAACAUAGGAUUGGUAAAAUUACACAAUUUCGUUUCAUAAGAUCAGAAAAUGCUUGUCUGUCGUGAAAUGAGAAAAGAUGCGUUAGUCAUCAAUGACUUUUUGUGAAAAACAUUCAUGUCACAUUUUAAAGUUGUAUUUUCUGUUAGUUAUUUUUAGUAGAUCUGUUUUACAUCUAAAUUAAACUUAUCAUAUAACUCUAUUAUAGUAAUUUGUUCUAUGUUAAGUCUUAUUUCUUUCUAAAGCAAUA